AUUGUUUGACCAAAAAAAAGAAAAGAACUGCCAGAAGAGAAAAGAAAAAACGCAACUUCGUGCUGCAAAAGACUCUCGGACGCAAAGAAAUAUUCAUUUAUUUCUUUGUGAUAAAAUACAGCUUAGGUGUUAAGCGUACAGUACAGAAAGAAGGUCGAUUUCAAUUCGUACAGCUGGCGCGAAUUGGAGUAAAUCAAUCCAAACAAUACUGUAGAGCUGUGCGAACGACAUUUCAUUGUUGUUCCUUCCCUUUGGACGACGUCCUUAUGUCGUGUCGAAAAUAAUUCCCUAGCAAUAAGCAAAAUCUUGCGGACGGACGGAGUUUCUUAUGGUCACAAAAGUUGUAGUUCCUGUUUCAUCUUGCCACUUAUAAACGGUGCGGUUUGGUAACAAAUCAACAUCAAAACUUGUGAAAGUGAUAGUGCUACUGGUUUGGGCAUACCUUCGAACCACACACUGUGUAACAUUUGCCCAGUUUGUCCUUUAACUACGCCACGCUCCUCAGAGAAAGGCUCACACUAACACGGUCUUCUAGCACGGGUGGCAACAAGUGGGCCACCGUACUUUGCCCAUAGGUAACUAUCCUCUGGCAAUGGCAAAGGAUAACAACAACAUCAACACGGAUGAUCUGACCGGUGCAUCUCCAUCAUCAUCUAUGAAAACGGUUCCUGCGUCCUCAUCCUCAACGACAACGGAAGGCGAAAACGGUCCGAACUCGGUGGAACCACAGUCCACUUCUCCAUCACUACCACCAGCUACAAGCAGCGCAGAAGUACCACGAAGGGAGGAAAAUCCUUUUUCCUUCAAACAUUUUCUCAAAUGGGACGGCAAUCAUGCGGCGAACGGUGCAAGCUCAAGCGGUACAGGGACAAUCCCUUCCAGUAGCAUAAAUCACAGCCGUAGUGCAUCGAGCAUAAACGGACACGGAAGCAGUUCACUUGCGGAUGGUAGUGGUGGUGGUAGUGCAGGCUGCAGUAAUGGAACGAAUGGAACAUUCGAUGCGAAAGUGACCGGAAUUGUAAGUGGUCCGAACGGCACCAGUACGGGAAGUAAUUUAGCGACCGUAACCACGGCAACCACCAGCACCGGGUCACCAUCGAAAUCGGCCACAACGAGCUCACUUAAUGUAGUGAGCUCAACAACGGGUGCAAGGCCAAAAAUCCCACAAUUCCAAUCGGUCAAUACGCUUAGCAGUGAAUCAAAGAUGAAACGGUCGCCACGCUUUCCUUCGUUCGAUUCGCAGUCCAGUCUGUCCGACUUUGCGGAUGAUCGGUUCGGUCCGAUGUACCAGAGUCGUAGCAAUGGUUCCUUUAGCUCCGAUUACCCUGCUGGUGGUGGUAGUGGUGGCGAUGGUGGCGGGAACAGUGGUCUGCGUGAGGAUGCCAACGGAAUCGAGCAGCUAGGCGUGCAGGUGGAAUUGCUGCGCGGAUAUGUGCAGCGUUCCUACUCGAAUUACGAUCUCGAUAGCCCCGGUUCUACAGCAGUCGGGCCGGAUCGACGAAAUGAUCUGGAAGCACAUAACGAACCACCCGGUAGAGGGCUUGUCGGUGCGGCCGAAUUUUCCGCAGCCCUGCCCGACUUUGUGCAGGACCAUCUCGUGAUGGAACAGUGGUACAACACACUGCCAAAGGGAACCGGGAGCGGUUCAUCGGGAUCGGCCGAUUUCGAAGAUGUGUUAGAUCUGACCGGAGUAGCUAACGUUUCCGGUGGUGGCGGAGUCGCACCACUCUCUUCGUGUAAUGACAUACCGUUUGAUCUGACCGCGAGCAGUACUACAAGCAGCAGUCGGGCAACUCGAGAUCAGAAUGCGGCAGGUGCUGGACAUCGGCAUUCACUUGGCGUACGGGUCGAUUUUCCUUCACGUGGUGGAGUGAACCCAAUCGGACCGGAGCUCGAGUUUGAUCUUCCACCACGAUCUCCGACUUCUUCGUGCUCGGAAUUACCACCGGAUCUUACCGAAGGUAACGCGGGUGGCGUAUGUGAACCAGGUGGUUCUGGAGAUGGAGGCCAAGGGGGCAGAUCGCGGAGCUUCUACUAUAACUCGCGAGCACCGGGAUCGGUGUCAAGUGGGACAACGGCUGAUAAAAUCCAUCGUCUGCCGGACUUCUUGUCCGACGGGCCAAUCCAUUCGUCUGGCCGGUUAGCAGAUGUUACGCACGAUACACCGCACGCAUCAGAAACGGCAGCUGCUGCUGCAGCAGCGUCCGACCGACGUCAACGGAUACAGCAGCGACAACGUGAAGCCCAGUACCAGAAUCGGCUCGGUGCGGAGUUGUUGGAGAAUGAGCGAUUAAGGCGAGAGCUGGAUGCUAGUCGGCGAACGGUUAGCGAGCAGUCGCGCCGCAUCCGCGAGCUGGAACGAGAUCUGGAAACGAUGGUUACACUGGCAAGACCCGGUGCGUCCGUGUCACGAGACGGUGGCAAUGGAACAACCCAAUCGAACGCGAGCAGUUUCCUGCAAGCGAAAACGCGGGCAGCCACUGCAGAGGCAGAGAUAAAACAAUUGCGACACAAGUUAAGCAGCAUGACUGUCGAAAUGGAGGCACUGCAAAGGGAAAACGAAACGCUUAAGGUGGAAGCUUGUGGAGGCGCCAUUGGAGGUAGCACGGGUGCGGGCGCCAGUGCUAGGGUGGGACAGGACGAGGGAGACCGUGGUAACCGGCCGAAGCGGGAGCAGUCUUCCACUUUCUUGCGCGCACAAACGGUCGCCCUGCGACAGGCGGCCUCAACAGCGGAAAGCAAUCUUAGGCAAUUGCUAAGCGGAGUGGAAAAUCUACGAACGAUGGCGAAUCAAAUAGAAGCGUUCCGAACCACACAGGACGAAGUUAAGCCCGUGGCGGAUUCGCCACCCCUAGAGGACUAUUUGCACGACAGCGACAUACUGUCCAGUAAUGAGGGUGACGAUGACGAUGAUGCCGAUGUGCCGUUUGGUCCAGCAUUGUAGAUAAACAAGGCGUGGGAAGGAAGAACUAACCGAGCGCUCUCUGGCGAGGGAUGAUAUGCAACGGAAGUGAACCGGGCACAGAUACAGAGCAUCUUGCAUGUAUUUAAGAAAAGAAUAUAUAUAUACAUACACCUAUACCAUACGGAAAGGCUUAAUAGAUCCGUUUUUCGCACAUAUACGCACCAACCUGUGGCGUUUGUUUGAAGAAUCAAAUUCAUCGUACAGUACGGCAAUCGAACACGGUACACGCACUCAUUAUAGCUCCCGACAUACAUAGAAAUGCAGUGGUGCACAUUGGUGUGAAUAUUACACGUUGUAAAACAUUUCAUUAGCUAGCAUCAUCAACCACGUACGCUUAUGCAAACGUGCGCUUUGGCAGGAAAGGACACAAAUUGGUUUUUAAGGGGUCGGAGCGAUCAUGCGAACGUGUUUGUACACCCCAGUACUGAAGGUGGUUAAAUGUGAAUGCUUCUGUGUGACACGCUCUAGUGAUAGGAUUUGAGAGUGACUGUUCGAAACACUAACGAUCCCUCCUGUAGGGACGAAGAAGGACCAUCCAAUAGCGUAAAUAAUAAUACAACAACCACAACAAAGCUUUAGUUAGAAACCAAAGCGAAAAAUUGGACGGAACGUUGGAUCUAGAUUGCUUUAAACGCUUUUGUAUCGGAACCGGAUGAAACGGCAACUAUAAUAGGCUGGGUAUGGUUCACAUCUCGUGUUAAAUACUCCUCGUCAAGCAGCACAAAAUUAUGUGUGAAAACAAAACACAUUACAGCAGUACGGUAGGAAGCAAUAGGUUCGAAGGAAGAUUCGACAGGCAAUGCGAUUUGUGAUGGUGAAAGAUCGAUCGAUUAAGAAUGUUUUAUAGUGUAGUUUAUGUGGGGUGUAAUCAACAGCAGGAUUUGAUAGCAGGUUUGAUCGCCACGGAUGAAAUCAAAAGUGCGCGUGCAUAUGCAACGAGAGAUGUAAAAGAAGCCGUAUACAUACACGGUGAGAUAUAUCGUUUUCCCAAGGCCCAGCUAAACGGUGGAUGGAUGGAAAACACCUUGACGAAUAAAGGCUAUAACAUAUUUAAAACUUA